UUUACUUACAUAUCACAUUAAUGCAACUGUCUCACAGUGUAGAGUGGUAUAUAAAGAUGUUCACAAGGCAACUUAUCAAGAGCAUUUUUCACCAACUAACCGCUACGCGGAAGUGCUGGCCGCUGCAUCGCCAACUUACCGCGUCUGUGGCCGGAGGAAAUGUCGUUGUACUGCAGGGACCGGAUCUUGGCUCACCUUUAAAAUUUCCCAGUGUUUGGUUACGCGACAACUGUCAGUGCAGCGCCUGCUUUCAUAAGAAUACUAAGAGUCGACAAGCAAACUGGACACGUACCAAUGUAGAGGCGCGUAUUCGGAGCAUAAAUGUCUGCCAACAAAAGAAAGUAACAAUUGAUUGGUGGGACGACCAUAGAUCGAGCUUCACGCUAGACUGGCUGCGGAACAGAGAUUUUGCACCGACGAAUCGCAAGCGCUACAUUGAAGAGAUUUAUAGACCACCAUGCCAGUUGUGGUCAAAGAAGGAAUUUCCAAACCUAAUUCGUACUUUCGAAUUUACAGAGGUUAUGGAAAAGGAUGAAGCUCUUUUGGCUUGGCUGGAAUGUUUGGCGAUAAUAGGUUUUUGCUUUAUAAAAAAUGCACCACACGAUAUAAGUGUGGCCAGACAACUGUCCGAACAUAUAGGCUUUAUAAAACGUACCACUUAUGGUGAAGAGUUUGAGGUAAAAUCCAAAGAGAAUGCCAGAAAUUACGCCUACCUAAUGGCUCCUCUGCCUCUACAUACCGAUUUGCCAUAUUACGAAUAUAAAGCUGGAAUCAAUAUAAUACACUGCUAUGUACAGUCCGAGUCGCUUGGUGGCAGUAGUAUUAUGGCCGAUGGCUUCUACACCGCAGAAAGAUUACGCAACGAGUUUCCAAAAUUUUACGAAAUACUCGUAAAAACACCAGUUGACUGGUAUGACUUGGGCGAAGACAAUGGCGUGGCGUUUCAUAAUAUUUGGCGCUCACCAGUGAUUUGUUUGGACGUGGAUGGCUGUUAUCACCGCAUCAAUGAGAACAGCACCAAACGCGAUAGUCACUUCACAGUACCACUUGAGCAGGUCGCACCCUGGUAUGAAGCCUACGACAAGUUCGUCGAGUUGGCCUAUGCAGAGGCUGUGGAGUUCAAAAUGGCAUCUGGCGAUGUCUUUGUCUUCAACAAUAGGCGUAUGCUUCAUGGACGCACAGCAUACGAAGACACGCCUUACAAUAAACGACAUUUAAUUGGCACAUAUGUCGACUGGGAUAUAAUUUAUUCGAAAAUACGGAUUCUUCGGGCCCAGCAAAAUGAAGCGAAACUAUAUUAGAAAAAUAAUCGGGUACUCUUUAUGAAUUUGUACAACGAUUUUGGGUUGCUGUGCCCAAACGCGUGAAUCGAAUCAAAAAACUUUUACACACACUUG